AUAUAUAUUUAUGUAUAUUUUUUUUACCGGCCAUUACUGAACAUUUUUUCUAACUGGAAAGAAGUGGUGAUCUUUUUCUAGUCUCAAUUUCUAUUUAAUUCAAUUAUUGAAUAAAAAUUAUUUAAUAAUGGAGAUUGAAGUUUUAAGUGCUAGCAAUUCGAAAUCGUAUGGAUUUUGCCGAGUCAAUCCAACCACAACCAUCCACGACUUGCGAUCAUCCAUUCACGAGCAACUACCUAAAACACCCGAUGUCGACCGCCAAUCACUUCGACUCGAUUCAAGGGGCAAAGGUCUAAAGGACACUGAUACUUUACAAGGUCUUGGACUACGAACUGCAGACAAGAUCUACAUUAAAGAUUUGGGCCCACAAAUUGGCUGGAAGACAGUAUUUUUGGCAGAAUAUGCUGGUCCACUAUUUGUGUAUUUAAUCUUUUAUACUAGGCCAGCAAUUAUUUAUGGAAGUGCUAAUAGUAACCCAAUUAGUUUGACAACACACAUUGCAGCUGGUUGUUACACCUUGCACUAUGCCAAGCGAAUUCUGGAAACCAUCUUUGUUCAUCGCUUCUCCCACAACACCAUGCCGAUGAGAAAUUUAUUCAAAAAUUGCUCAUACUACUGGGGCUUUACUGCCUAUGUUGCUUAUCACAUUAAUCACCCACUCUUCACUUCACCAUGCAUGUGUCAAGUUUAUGGUGCUCUAGCCGCAUUUAUGCUUUGUGAAUAUGGAAACUUUUCGAUUCAUAUUGCUUUGAGGAAUCUCCGUCCUCCGGGUUCAAGGGUUCGUAAGAUUCCUGUUGCUGAUGGCAAUCCAUUGACAAAACUAUUCAAUCUUGUUUCAUGCCCGAACUACACAUAUGAGAUUGGUUCAUGGGUGUCAUUUUCUAUUAUGACGUCAUGUCUGCCGGCAAUGUUAUUUGCCAUUGCUGGAGCAUAUCAAAUGACAAUGUGGGCUCUUGGCAAGCACCGCAACUAUAAAAAAGAAUUCAAAGACUAUCCCAAGAAGCGUAGGGCAAUUUUCCCAUUUUUGUUGUAAAACAAAACAAGUCAUAUUGAAACAUUGGAGCGCGUGCUGAAUCUUUUAAGUUUUAAAAUGGUGUUCAUAGAAAUGAUAAAAUAGCACAUAUUCAUAACAUUCUGGUUUUUAAAUGGUUUUUUUUUUGUUUGUUUAUUUGUAAAUCUUCAAAUUUUAGAAAGUUAAGCUUUGAAAAUUAUAACUUAUAAGCCUUUUGAUGGGAAUCAAUAAAAAAUAAAAAUACAUACAAUCUACGUUAA